AUGGCCAGCACUAUAGACAAGACUUUAAAUCCUUUUUGCUUAGUCUUUUGUUUCCUUGGUUCUGGAAUUUUUAGGGAUAGCUUGGGUCAUACGAGAUUUCGCUUCAGCAUCUUUUAUAUACUAACUGUUUGGAGUGUUUAUGCCUGCGCCUUUUAUUGUGUGAAAUUCUUUAGGUGUAUAAAAAAUCUUAGUCUCGUAGACGAUACAUUGGAACAGCUUGGAACACCUAAGGAAUAUUGUAAAAUGCGAAACUCGAUGAAAUGGAUAAUGAUUAUAUGGUUUAUGACAAUUUGCAUAACGUGGAUAUCUGACUAUUUUUGGGAUAUGGAAAAGUUUCAGGACACAAGGGUCAUAAUUAUCCCUGCCAUUAUAAAUUAUCCUUUCCAUCUCAACACUUUUAUGUGUAUAAUGUUUAUAUUUCUUUUAAGAUACAUUGGUACUAGAUUCGAUAAAAUUAACAAUUAUAUUGAGCAACUAUCAGAGACUGAAGAAUGUGGAUUGAGAUGUACUUGGAAAAAAUCUCUUGUUACUCGCUAUUAUGUCCGAAGCGCUAAAAAUCGCGAACAUGUAUUGUGGACUGCAAUGCACCUUCAUUUGGAACUUUGCGGAAUAGCUCGCAAAAUAAAUGAUUUUUUCGGAAUGCAAAUGACUUUGCAGAUGAUAUCCUAUUUUGUACUUUUAACGGGAGUGUUUUAUUAUCAAUACCGUAUGAUAUUAUGCCACAAUCAUAAUUAUAAAGAUAGUGGGGAAAGUCAAUUAAUAUUUUUAAUUCAUGCCGACAUAUGGACCAGCAUAUACUUAAUUAAAUUCGUAACAUUGAAUUAUAUCUGCGAAAAUGUUAGCACUAAGGCGGGGAAAAUCAAGGACGUGAUCCAUAAAUUAACAAACCUUGUCUAUUUUAACCAGUCACGCGAAGAUAUUUUCCAGUUUGUUUUGCAAAUAUCACUUCACCCAUUAAAGUUCAACGGAAUGAGCUUGUUUAACUUUGGCUACGAAUUUAUUGGCAAGUUUUUCAUAGGAAUUCUUAGUCUUAUGAUUUUUAUGGUGCAAAUGGAUACUUCUCCCCUAUCCCGAAUUUUAAUUUCUAACGGAAAUAACGCAUCAUGUUACGCGUAA